CUAACUUUUUUGAGGUUUUCGAGUAGUUUUUGAAUUUUUAAGGGCAUUUUUAUGAUUUUUUAGGGCUUUCAAAUACCAAUCCUAACUAUAUAACCAAUGAACUAAAACUGCAAUAAUAACUCUUGAGUUAUUGAAUUUAUAAAACUUACCAGGCCGUUUCAAAUUAUUACGUAAGACCAUAUCGAGACAAACUAUAUAUAUUUUCACUUUUUUUGAAUAAAAACACGCCGAGGUUCGUUUUACAACCUUAAAAUAUUACAUCAAUAGUGUUUCUACUGCGAGUCUCGAAUAAAAAUUAUGUUAACUAUAAUAAUAUCGAGACCACGCAAUAACCAAAUUAAUAUUGUAUAAUAUUAUGUAAGUAUAGGUGAAACUAAAUCGUAAAUUGUAUCAUGCGUACAGUUAGAUCGGAAACAUACAUAAUAUCUAUGUUUCGGACAACAAGGGCGUUUUCACCAGGGUAUGUGGGGUUAUACCUCCCCCCUUUGGCUUAUUUUUGUGUCAUAUAAAAUGGAGUCGAAUCCACUUAAUUGGGACACUUCGGACGGUGAUCUAUUUGUCCCCAUUGUCCGACUGUCCCGAUUAAUCCAAUAGUUUUACAUACAAUACGCAUAAUUCGUUCGGGACUGCAGUCAUCUACGUCCCCAUUAAGCGUUUGUCCCCUAUAUGUGCUGUCCCAAUUAAGCGGAUUCAAAUUUAUCUUAUGAUAGAGCAAUGAACAUAUAUAUAAUAUACCAGCUGAUCCUGUGCACUUCGUUGCCCGUUAAAUGUACCAACCUAUAUGACUCAAACUUUGUUCAAUUCGUUAUUUAAUAUUCGGUGUAUAUACGGUGUUCAAAAUUUAUCUUAACUUUUCUGUUGCCUGGAAUAAAAAUUCUGAUUCACAGCAGUAUAUUAUCAGGCAGGCAAUCUACCUGCGGUAGAUCUCGGACCCAGUGUGGUUUGUACGUAAGUGUAUGAUUUAACUCUAAAGUAUCAAAGUUAUACCAAGUUUAUUUUGAUAUAAUACGGCGGAUUAAUGUUAUCAAUUAAUACACAAUCCUAACUUAACCUAACCUAACGUAAAAAAUGACAACUCUUAAACAAAUUGUGAUUGUUCAACUCCUUUUUGGUGUAACUCACUGCAGUAAGUGCAACUCAGCCACCCUGGUAGGCAAUGUGUGAAAAUUCGAUUUGAUGCAUUGCUUGUACCUGAUCUGUCCGAUUAACUAAUAGCAACCAAUAACAAAUAAAUACUAUUUCUAUUAAUUAUUUCUCCUAUAACCAAUAGCAACCAUUUAUAAACAAAUUUUUCCAUCGUAAAUAUCAAAAUCCCUAUUUGAGCACUUCUAUUAAUUGAUCGUAGCGUGAUGUUAUGUAGCCUUCCUCGAUGUAUGCAUUUAUAUGGACUAUCCAACAAAAAAAUAAUUUUUCAAUUCGAACCAGUAUAGCCCCUUACAGCCCCUUACAGCCCUUUUUUGGUAUUAAAAAGUAGUCUUUGUUUUUUCUCAGUAUCUCAACUAUCUAUGUACCAAAUUUCAUUUAAAUCGGUUCAGUAUAGUUUCGGAGCCUAUUCAGUACAAACAAUCAAAUCUUUCCUCUUUAUAAUAUUAGUAUAGAUAUUAUAUAUACAUAGCGUAUAUAUUCACCGCUGUAUAGAUCGUAGUCUGAGAAUAGAAAAAAUGAAUAUCAUCCCCCCCUCACUUUCAAAAAAGUUGAGCACGCCACUGUAAGACAAUAUAACGUGUAUAUUAUAGUGGAUACAUACCAUAAAUGUAAUAAUUUAGAGUGCCUACAUACGCGACAUUUGGAUUCAUCACAUAGGCUGAGCCCCGGGACAUAAUAAUAUUAUGCUCUUUAAUAAUGCAUUCAUUAGAACAGUAACAAUAUAUGAAAUUUUUCAGUAAUUAUAGCCACUUUUUUUACUGUUGAGAUUUUUAUUGCAGAAAAUGCCGAUUAUAGUAACCUAAAUUGAUAAAUCGAAAUUCGAAUGGGUAUAAUUUCGAGUUAUUAAUAAUUAAUAUUGUGUGCAUGUGUACUAAGGACGUCGCUGUCUACGCAUACCUAUACCAAUUAAGUUUUGAAGUUUUGGGGGCUAUACUUACGUUUCACAUAUAAUUUCAGUAUUUUUUUACUGAAAUCCAUGACAGUGUAUAUGCCACUUUGUUUGACUGCAGUCGCAAAAUGCCGUUCCAUUUCCAAAAUCCAUCCUAUUGCCUACCUACAUUAUUACGGUUGUACCAACAUGAAUAGCCUAUAAUAAUAUUAUAAUCUAUAGUAUAGACUCUACACCGACUAUGCCUAAUAUAAUAACAGCUACAAUACUCCAAUAUCUGGUGUAUAGUUUAUGCCAUAUUAUGCCUUUUUGAACUCGGGCUACACGCCUCACGUUCUUCGGCCAUAUUUUCACAAGAGUUAUGAUAUUUAUUAUUAUAACAUCAACUGUGUAUGACUCUAUAUACAUAUUUCUCUUAAUACGUCAUCGGUGUUUAAUAAUAUAUGAUAGAGGUACAGUCCGCGAUUACCAUUGCAACGCCGCACUCAAUCGAGUCAUUAUUGGCAUUCCGAUGCGGCGCUCCGACAAAGUAAAUAUUUUAUCCGAGUUAGGUACCUACCCAAACCUUUUAUACAUGAAUAAUGAUACGUUUUGACGCGUGAGUUCGUUUGAAAUAUACCCUCAGCUAUUUGAUCAUUUCUUUGAAACCGUAUACCGUCAGUACACGGAAAAAAAUAUUAACCAAAUAAAUUUGGGUGACAACAAUUUAGUUGGUCUAAUUAUAUUUUAGUGAGGCUUGAUACAACUAUGUACUGACAUUUACUAUAAAGUUAUGGUCAGACAUUUAGUAGUUGUACCAAUAAAAUAUAGUUGGCAUGGUUAAAUUAUAUUUAGGUACAACAAAAAUAAAUGGUUAAAUAAGCUAAAACUUAUAGUUAAUAUUAUUUAGAUGUAUUACUAAUAAUACUAGUUGAAGUAACUAAAACUGGUGUCUGCAUAUGUCGAGAGCUAAACGAUUAGGUAUUGUUACUAUAUUAUUCAGUUGGGAUAAUUAUAAAAUUAAGUUUUAUUAUUCUUGUCAUACUAUUUUUAGAUGCAUAAGUAAAUACAUACAACAUUUCGCGCGUGUCCAUUGUCCUAACAUCCGUACGUCGCGCAUUAUCCGUUUAUAUAAAAAUUACCCAUAACAUCACUGUUGUUAUUUUCAUUCACUCAUCACUGCAAUAAUUUCCAGUUUCCACUGCACUUUUGAAUUUACUUGUGUCGUGAUGUACUAAUGUGUAUACAUAAGUAAUAGAUGUUUGACCGUUCUUUUGUACCUAACUAUUUUUUUAUAUCGUGCUUGUACACGGUACAGUCAGAAUUAUAAUCGUAUAUUCUUAUACCUUCCACCUGACUUCCGUCGUCGUCGUCUGCGUAUAAUUGUUGAUCGACUUCUUUUGCAAUGGAUGAAUUUACUGUUGGUGUGCUGAUUGAAUGGGGAUUUGAGGAACUCAUCGAUACGUUUAAAGAUGAAGAAAUCGGUAAAGAUGACUUUUUGUCAUUAACGGAACUAAUGGUAAAAGAAUUAAUACCAAAGAUGGGUAAACGUUCAUCAUUUUAUAGUAAACUAACUAGGCUAAAAGAAAUUCAAGAAUCGAUCAAAUAUACUGAAGCAUCUAUACCUAUUGAAAUUUCACCUUUAGUGCUGGAAGAUCAAAUAAGUAGGUUCAAAAUCUUAAAAGAUUUAUUUUUCUUAAUACACUUGAAUAUUUUUAUUUCAUAUAAAUAUCUAGGUGAGCAUGUAGACAAAAUAAAUAUAUCAGACAUAACAAACUUUGAAUUGCACGAUGUUGAAGGUGUAAAAAAUAAUAUUGAUUUAUUUUCCGAUGAAAAUGUAUUUGGUAACACAUCACUGCUUGAAUCUUAUGAUAAUACAAAAAUAUCACUAUUUAUAGGCGGUAGUUAUCAAGAUCCUGGAAAAAAUUUGACCAACCAUAUUGGCACUUCAAAUAAUGACUGCCAUCAAUCAUUAAGUACUGAUGAAAUUGUUGAGGCCAAUAAAGCAAAAGAUUAUAUAAGUAAAAUAUUGAAUAAAUAUAGUGAUGGGAAAGUAGUACUAAAUUAUUAUGAGUCUGUUGGUACAUUAAAUCAAUUCAUUAGAAAUAGUUUAUCUUCCAUCAUUAUUAAACAUGAAAUUCAGCAGUCUAUCAAAAUUGAAAAAAAUAAAUUUACACUAUUAGCAAAAGGCAUUGAACAAUUAUUUCUAAGUGAGACUGGUCAAACCUAUUUUACCCCUUAUUUUAAAGAUGGAAAUAAUGUACACCCAAUGCGAGGGAAACUAUAUGACAAAUACUGUAAUCUACGAAAGCAAAUUAAACAAAUAAAUCCAUCAAAGGUUAUUGUAACAACACAGUCGACAGAAAAUGAUAUUUUAAUUGAUGACGAGUGUAAAGAAAAAAUAUUGUGGCUUAAGAACAACACACAACCUACCCUUACUUUACAUAAAUAUUGGACUGAGACAUCAAAUUAUAGAUUGACAAUAAAAGAAAAUUGUAUCGAACUUUAUCCUGCUUUUAAAAGUCCUACUGGUCAUUUAUUAAUUGAGAUUGAUUUCCAGACUUUGUAUCCUGGAAAAGAUAAACUCCUAUUUCAUAAGUUUGAUGUAUUUAAAGUGAAGUUAAUCAAGUAUAUUGAUAAACUAAACAAACGUUUUUCAUUACAAGACGAGUCUACUUUACUUUCCGAACUUAAAACCCCGUCAAGGCCAGGUAAUGAUAACAUAUCUGUUCUUAAACUUUUGCCUCAACUUUUUCAACCAUUAACAAUCAAGUUGGACAAAAAGCGUAAACGAGACGGUAAACAUUCAAUUUGGAGACCAUCAAAGGCUGAACAGGCAGAUUCUUUUGUUUUAUUUAUACCUGAUGUCUCAGAAUUAAGAAAUGUUCAUGCCCAAAAAAUAGAGAAGGCAGUUCAAUAUGGUACAACAUUACAACCAUACAUAAUAAUUGUUGACAACACUGACAUUUAUGCUGUGAUCAACAGCAUAUAUUACAAGUUGGAAACACCGUUAAAAGCGUUAGAUGUUUGUUACAAAUCAUAUUUUGCUCUGAAUUUAAACUAUCCUCAAGAAAGUGAACAAAUUUGGUUGUUUAUCCAAAACUAUUUCUUUGAUACAACACUCAAGUCCGAUAAACAUGUUUUAUUUGUUAAAACAUUUAUCAACGAUUUAAAAAACAUGUAAGCU